CCGCGGAGCCGCCAUGGCGGAGGCGCUGCCGCAGAAGCGAUUCUACCGGCAGCGGGCACACGCCAACCCGCUGGCGGAUCACAGCCUGCUCUACCCCGCCAGGCCGCAGGACAUGGACUGGGCCUCGCUGUUUCCUGACUUCUUCCCGCCCGCCGCCCCGGCCGAGCAGCCCCCGCCACGCGUGGAGUUCGCCGAUGUGGGCUGCGGCUACGGGGGGCUACUGGUGGCGCUGUCGCCGCUGUUCCCCCGCACGCUGAUGCUGGGGCUGGAGCUGCGGGUCAAGGUCGCUGCCUUCGCCGGGGCUCGGCUGCGGGCGCUGCGCGGGGCCCAGCCUGGCUGCUUCGGCAACGUCGCCUGCGUCAGGGCCAACGCCAUGAAGCACCUCCCCCACUUCUUCUGCAAGGCGCAGCUCUCCAAGCUGUUCUUCCUGUUCCCGGACCCCCACUUCAAGCGCCCCAAGCACAAGUGGAGAAUCAUCAGCCCCACGCUGCUGGCCGAGUACGGCUACGUGCUGCGCCCGGGGGGCCUGGUGUACACGGUGACCGACGUGGCCGAGCUGCACCGCUGGAUGCUGAGGCACUUCGGGGAGCAUCCUCUGUUUGAGGAGGUGCCCCUGGAGCAGCUGGCCCAGGACCCCAUCGUGUCCCUGCUGGGCACUGCCACCGAGGAGGGCCGCAAGGUGCAGCGCGGAGGCCGCGCUGCCUUCCCUGCUGUCUUCCGCCGUGUGCCUGACCCCGGGGGGGACACCUGAGGCACAAGGCAGGGAGAGGCCACACCUCUGUCCCCCCCUGCCAGGUGUCUCUGUC